AUGGACAACGACAGUGACUUGUUGUGGAUGAAAUGCCCACCUUGCAGUCCUUGCUCCACCAGUUAUGGAGCCACCUACUUUUACUCCUUCAAUUCCAAGACUUACUCUCCGUUCCCUUGUACCGAUGAUUGCGAAACAUUUACAAGUAUGAAUGAUUGA